UAUAUAAAUAUAUAAAUAGAAAGGUCUCCCAAAAUGAGCACAGUUUCAUAGAAUAAAACCAUGGUUGGUGACCUGACGACCUCCUCCUUAUCUUGAUGUGCAGAAAGAAACUGGAAAUUUAUGUUCUCUGAGGAAUUUGUGAGGCUAAUCUCACCGAUAAAAUCUCAGAAAGCGAAGAGAAAAGUUAAAUUUGACAGAAAUAAAAGAGAAAGUGCAGCAAGUGCUGUCCCGGAUCAGUGGCCCCAAGUAAGAUCAGUAGCAGUGAGCGCUAGUCUUGAUGAUAUCCCCGACCUCCCCGAGCACACUUCCAUCCGAGACCUGAGAAGUCCACUGCUAGAAGAUGAGGAAACCCUGCUCAGUCCCAUGACAACACUCUGUUACGAUCCUCCUUUUGAUAGGACCUUCAGAGAGGGGUUCAGGGAGGAGACAUAUGAUGAGGAGUACACUAACAAACGAUUCAAUAGCACACCGCACGUAGCCCCAAUCCCUGACUACACCACACUAAUGAGACUCUGCGGAGAAGGGGACGCUAACGCUCUAGACUCCUUCCUCUCCGUCAACCCUGAGAGUCUACAGAGAAAUGGGAACGCUUAUCUGGGCGUGAUGGCGGAUAUGAAGCACAACUCCAUGAGGGUAACUAGUGCGGAAAGUAUCAGAGUGCCAGAGCCCCAAGUAAUAAUAUCCCCGAUAGUAUCCGCUAUAUUAGGGGGGAACCCAGAGUGCGUGAGGCUACUUGUGGAGGCUGGGGCUAGUGUCAACAGUCCUAACGGUAUCACUGAUAACAUGUGUGCACGUGCAGAUUGCCCGCUCUCCUCAGCUCUGAGAGUAGACAGAAUGGAUGUAGCCGAGUAUCUGGUCUCACAAGGUGCUAAUCUGGGUGAGAGCCUGAUGAGACUAGGGGGCUGUACUGACAGAAGACUAGCUAGGAUGUUGGGAGUCAGACUAGGUGUCUCAGUGAACGUGGUUGAGUGUAGAGACCCUGAUAUUCAGGCACUGUGGAGGCUGAUAUCUCAGCAGAUCCUCAUCCUUACACCAACUCCACUUGAAACUGCAUUCCUGCUCGGCCGAGCGUUCAGAUUAUUAGCGUGUGUUAGACCUGCUCUGACCUCACACUGGGAACGUUUGGGUACUGCUUGUGAGAGGUUCUCUGUUCAGCUUAUUGACCAGUGUCUAUCUACUGAAGAGGUAACAGCGGUAAUGUCACGUGACCACGCCCCCUCCAGACAGUCUGCCCCUAUUCACGACGCUCUGUACUACGGUAGGAACGAGUUUGUGUCCCACCCAGCCACUUACAGGAUGCUACAACAGAGGAUUACACGGUCUAAAUCCGGCAAACCCCAACCAGUUGACAUAUUGUUGUGUUUGGUAUCUCCAGUACUGCUUCCCUUCAUCUCUGUUAUCAGCUACCUUCUUUGUGGCAUCAGAAGGGACUCAAUACUUCGCAAAUACAUGUACAGAGUUUAUUCCCCAUUUGCUGUUUUCACAAGUUCGCUAAUAACUGAUCUGCUCUUGUUGGUACUCGUAGUGGUCUGUUCUAUCUGUUCCUCUCACAAGAUGGAGAUAUCGUGGUUAGAAAUAGCGACCUGGACCCUGGGACUAGGAGUUCUUGUUUCUGAGAUCGAGAGACGUAGACUUCUUGUUUGGUAUUACCAGUUCAGAUUUGUGUGUGAUCUCCUAAUACUGACGUGGCUGAUCAGUAUUCUCCUCAUCAAACUCAGAAUGUACUCUUCGCCCCUUAUGUGGGAGGCUGGAGUUGAUGCUGUCCAAAUUCUAUAUGGGGUUCUCCUGAUAACUCUCUCAGUGCGUCUCCUCUCCAUCCUCCGUCCCCUGAUCCCCUGCAACCCUCUGUGUGUUAUUAACCAGCUUCUACCUGACUUCUUCUCUUAUGCUGCUGUUCUGGGAUUCCUUUACUUAGUGUUUAGUGUGGCUAUACACACUGUUUAUAUGUCCACUGCUACUACAGAACAUAGGGAGACUACAAUUGUAACGGUGCUGUUCCUUUCCCUCCAGAGGGUGGUAUCCACUCCGGGCAACACAGCUGCUGGUAACAUUGCAGCUCAGUUACUAUUCAUUUCAUUCCUUGCUCUCUCUUUGCUCACCUUCAUAUCCUUCUCUAUUUCCUGUUUUGGAAAGAUCCAAGUGUCCAAGAGAUCCUGUGACACGGAGAAGAGGUGCUCGGUAAUGAAGCUAGUAAUGAUGCACGAGGCUAACCACCCUGUUCCUGCACCUUUCAACCUCAUCACCUGGCCCCUUACUAUGCUGGGAGCUAGAGUUCUUUGUAGCCCCUGUAAAAAGGGUGUUCGGGAAGUAGUAUGGGGAGAUGAACAGUACAACUCCCUCCACAACACCUCUCUUCACGACAAACAGGAUGUCAUAGCCAGAGUUUGUGCCAGACUUACUCCUCCCCAGAGAAAUGAUGUCGAGAUAGACUCCUACGAGGCAAUAAUGACAAUGCGAGAAGACCUCUACAAACUAUACUCCAAACUUGACUCUGAAGGGAUCAAGCUGGACGCUCUCCAAGCUGUAUGGCAAAGCUUUGUGAGUCUGCAGGACAACUUGGCAAGUCUCCAGAAUCAAGUAACGAGUCUGUUAACUGAUGGGGAGAGGAAUAAUACUUUGUUACAGGAGCAGAAUGAUAGGGUUAUCGGCAUUACCAAGCUGUUGGAAACCAAAUCUGAGGAAGACGGGCAAAGUCCCGCAUCCGGAUCAGCUGCUGAAACGGCUUCCUCCACCGGCAGAUUCUCUGAUAUAUGAAAAGCUCUGAAGAUGGGACCUACUUUUGAUACAAUUCCUUGUAUAUCUGUGUUUAACAGCUGAUCGUAUAUAUUCGUCUGAAUACUGGAGCUACCAAGAAGGAAUUAUUGUGAUGGAAAGGGAUCGUGUGAAAUGAAGAGCGAGGUUUUAUAUAAGGAUACUGAUGUAUUAUACGAUCAAGAUAUUCAUCAACGACUAAUCUGGACAUUUCGAUCAUCCAUUUGAUAUAUUUAAAGGUGUUCAGUGCUGAAAAGAAUCAAUAAACUUUGGUUAAUUGAAGUCACAUGAACUGAAUGGUCAAGGACUUCAAUUGAAAAACCCACCAGUGGUUUCGGGCGCGAGUUUGUCUACAUUUCAUAUUUUAAUUUUAUUUGUAAAAGAUUAUUAAUUAAUUUGUGUACAUACUUGACUAUUGAAUUCAGUUACACGGUUUUUCAUAAAUAAUGUCCUGGUUUUAAAAAACAAUAUCAAUUUUUGUAAAGGAGAAAAAUGCAAAGUAUUCUUCCACAGGAGGGUAAUAUUUUAAAAUGAAAUUUUGUUGAUUAUUAGUAUUAUUGGGUACAAAAAACUUGUUGGCUUGAGGUCAUUUAUAACAGUAGACAUUUUGAAUUUUUCUAUGAAUUUAUUGUAGGUUUAUAACCUAUGCACGCCGAGUUGGACUCGUCGACGGUCUAAUAUUUGAAACCAAUAUUUUACGGGUAUUGUAAAACCCGUUAAUGAAUUUAAAAACUGAGCAUUUGAAAAGUUUUACGGAAAGUAA